CUUUACCAAACUUAUUAAAUCUAUUGUUUUUAGAGAUGGUUGAAAAGUUUUGUUGAAUUGAAUCCAUUUGCAACUAUUUGUGAUAUGUUUCCACACAGCAAAUCCUCCGUCCCCAACAGAAGAUUUUAAAAUUGCUUUUGCCAUUUUCAUAUCUAUUAAUUUUACCAUAUUUAUUAAAAUGGUAUCUCAGAGCUGUUUUAGUUAGGAUUUUCUUUGAGCUGCUCUGAUUGUGUGUUUGUCCCAAUUUUCUCACAUCUCCAGCACGUCAUUUUCUUUUCCUGGCUUGUAAGCCACUUUGAUAAGUGUGAUUGUGGUACCUCCGAGUUGUUUUAAUUUGCAUUUCUCUAAUUAUUAGAUUAAGAGCAGUUUUUCAUGUGAUUAUGAAUAGAUUUUUUCCUUCAAAAUUCGUAUCUUUGGAUCACUGCUCGGCUGGAGAUAUCCACCCUGAACAUGCAGGUCAGUUUUGAAGAAAGGCAGGUGGGGUAUGUACGCGGCAACAACGGCCAGGAGCCCGGAAGACUUGGCUCAGAAGCAGGACCGGUUCAUUCCUGCCCGGAGCUGAUUACCGCGGGCCCGCCUCGGACCCUAGAGAGUUAUGAGCGGCGGUUUGGUUUUAUUUCGGUAGAGGUAGGACCAAUGACUCGGAUUGGAAAGGAAAGAAAGGAUAUCCGGAGCCCUAGCGGCCAUAACGUAGCAUCAAGGGCGGAGGGGCAGGGCGCGGCGCCUGACCGGGACAAGAGGUAAGGGAUUGAUUUAACACCCGGCUCUAAAAGGAAGAAUCCCUGGAGGCGGAGACAACACAGGUACCCGAGCUCGCACUUUCGUAUUUCCUGCAGUCGGAAGUCCCGCCCCCGAGCCAACAGCUGUGCGGUAAAUGAGAUGGUAACCACGACUUCCCACUAUCCCCCGCCCCGCUUAGACCCGAGCGCCACCUCUCGAGCGAAUCGGUUGUCCAGGCAGCCGAGAACGCGACGGAAAGCUACGGCGCUGAGAUAUUCGAGCCUUUUCGGCUCCCGUACUUUUCGAAUUUCUACGGCGGACUUUGUUUCCUGAUUGUGGCGUUCUUACAUCCUCCUCUCGGCCUACAUGAAUUUCUUCCUCUGCCUCAUCGUUGUGGGGGGUAUUGCUGCUCUCAUAGUGCUACGGCUGUGGCUCGUACUCUGUUUCCGAAAAAAGGGGCAACAUUCUGUGUCUGUCAGAGUACUGGUGGUAGCCGGGUCCGGUGGGCACACCACAGAAAUUCUGAGGCUGCUUGGUAGCUUAUCCAAAGGCUAUAAUCCAAGACAUUAUGUUCUUGCUGAUACUGAUAAGAUGAGUGCUGUUAAAAUACGUUUAUUUGAAGAGAAGAGAGCUGAGUUAGACUCUGAAUCCCUGUACACGACUCAUCUCAUUCCAAGGAGUCGGGAGGUCCAGCAGUCUUGGAGCUCUGCACUGUUUACAACCCUGUAUGCUCUGUGUUACUCCCUUCCCCUGACUUUUCGACUCAAGCCAGACUUGGUGUUGUGUAAUGGACCAGGAACAUGUGUUCCUAUCUGUGCAUCUGCCCUUCUUCUUGGGAUACUAGGAAUAAAGAAAGUGAUCAUUGUCUACGUUGAGAGUAUCUGCAGAGUGGAAACUUUAUCCCUUUCCGGAAAGAUUCUUUACCACUUUUCAGAUUAUUUCUUUGUUCAGUGGCCAGCCCUCAAGGGAAAAUAUCCCAAAUCUGUGUACCUUGGGCGAAUAGUUUGACAGAGGACAAAUGGUGUUUUCAGAUUUCCACAGUCAACUAUAGUAUUUUUUAUAAUGGGGCCCUCUCUGAGGAAUACUGAAGAGUUAAAAUGCUUACAAAAUUUUGGGAAUAUAUCUAAGAAGACAAUGGAAUGAGAGAGGUUGCAAAAAAGCCAGAUUCUACCUUAAAAAUAGCAACAGAAAUGCUGAAAGCAAAAUUACCAGGAAUUCUUACAAGAAAAUUAAAAUUUACCAAAAGACAAUGACCAAACUAAAGGAAAACUGAUAUUUAAAAAAAAAAUACAGAGUAAGAGAAACAAGGGAGGGAAAUAUCAGAAGUUCAACAAUAGCAUCAAAAGUUGCAUGAGGAACAAAGUAAUAAAUAGAGAUGAACUCAAAUGGGUAACAGGAUAAAAAUAAAAUUCACAUAUCCCUUUCCCCAUUACCAAAAAAAUAGCUGAAUAUAGUAGAGAAACCUCAGGAGGAAUUAAAGGAAGAAUGUAACAAAGGAAUUUUUAGAAGAGUUCAUGGAAAAACUUCUCAAGAUGGAUAAUGAAGAAAAUUUAGAAAAAUUCACUGGGCCUGGCCAAAAACCAGAAUUAAUGCAAUGGAGCAAAGAACAUAGCUGAAGUGGAAAAACAAGGUCAGAAAAUAACCCAAUUGGAAAAAUAUUUGGAAGCCAUGCAGGUGGAAGUUUCAAAUUUGGAAGAUGGCUCUAAGAGAAAAAACCCUCAAGGGGUGAUGGAGCACCAGAAAACAAUGGGGAUGUUUCUCUUCCCCAAUUAACCCCCUUUUUUUAACAGAGUUACACAGAUGAUUCAUAUAAACAAGAGGGCUUUAAUCUUGAGUAUGAGUAACCAUGAACAAGUCAUAGAAGCUCUCUGAGUUUUAAUUUUCUGAUCUUUAAAAUGGGUUUAGGAGGGAGGAGGAAAAAAAAAAAAGAUGGGAUAGGAAGAUAACAAAAGAAUUUAUCUUUAAGGGUUGUAAAAAGCAAAUGUGAUGAAGCCAUUAUUAAUUGUCAAAAUUCCUUAAAUUAAUUUAAUAAUAAUGAAAUACUUGAAUUAAAUAAAAUUUUAUUCAUCCUA